UUCCCAAACAGUGUGAUAAAUUUGUAAUGUUGUGCUCAGGACAUGAUGGAGGCUGAUGAAGAAUUAUUGAAUAUCAGAUGAUUCGUAUCAUGUUUAAAUGCAUUUUUGUCCUCUGAUGGUUCCCAAAGUCUUCCAGAUUUGUUAGUGCGUUAUUGAAAUAUCGAUGGAAGACUUUCAUGCGAUACAUGGGAGAACAUCUCUCUCAUCUAGUACUAAUGGCAUGGAACAUGCAGGUGCAAGUGGACAUCAUGCUGAAAAAAAGUGGAAAAACUACAAGUUGAUGAUUGACCCAGUAAUCAAGAAGGGACAACAGAAAGUUUACAGAUAUGAUGGUCUUAUCCAUGGGCCUUUGGCCAAUGUAUUUCCAAGUCCAAUGCUACGUGAUCCAAGAUCAAAGAUUAGCCGAUUGUGGAGAAGAGAGAAAGCGGAUUUGCCAGUGCCAAAAUUUAAGUUUGAUAAAUACUACAUCGGUGAAGUCCCUCCAAAACAGAUAACAUUUACCAAUCUCAAUGACAAUGUCAAAGAAAAGUUUUUACGAGACCUGUGUGAUAAAUUUGGAAUAAUUGAUGAUGUAUCUAUAAUGCACCACCCCAAAACCAACAAGCACUUAGGCUUGGCUACUGUCACUUUUACGACGACAAGAGCAGCAAAGACAGCAGCGGGCGAGUUAAAUAGAAUGUCUGUGAUGGGGAAAAUCAUCAUAGUCCAGGUUGAUGCAGGAGGUAUCUAAUGUGAACGAAUCUUUGAUUGUCUCAUUGCUGGCAAAGGAAACACCCCAAGCAGUAGUGGCUCCACUCCAUAUGACCCUCGCUAUGGUGGCAAAAGAACACCUGAAUUUCCUAGAGGAAAAGAUCCCAGAAGACUUUCCUCUGAGGGUGCCCGUCCACCACCUGAACUUGCUUCUCUUGGGUAUGUGAGUGACUCUGUUGCAACACCAACUCCGACACCAAAGUCAGAGCAUGCAUUCAAAUUUAAAGAGCCAGACACACCAAAGAGUUUGAACUCUGAGCCCAGUACUACAGCUGGAGCUCAAGAACCUAGUAAUUUUUCUAGUCUGGAUGAAAGACUAGAGGCUAUGAAUUUUCAAGGUGCUAAUUUUGGAGUACCCCCAUUGACACCACAAAGUACAGGAGAUGCAGUACACCCAGAAGAGAGUCACCAUGUCCCAAAUUUUAAUACUCAACCUGAUGCCAUGAAUUUCUCGGCAGUUAUGCAAAAUCAAAUGUUUCAAAACAGCCAAGCUCAGCAGCAGCAACAGCAGCAGCAACAAUUCAAUUACAAUCAACCUGAAUUUCAGCAGCAAGAGAUGCAUGGAAUGAAUCCCAUGUGCUUUCCACAAACUAAUCCUGGACAAGCUUUUGCUCCUGGUGGUGCUAAUUUUAAUCCUCAAUUCCCAGAACAAAUGCAACAAAAUAUGGGAUUCGCUAAUCAACAACAGUGGAAUGCUCCAUUUAAUCAGCCUCAAGGAGACUUUGGUUUCCAUGGCAGUAAUCAAAGUAAUAUUGGUUUUCAAAAUCAGCAGGGGAAUUUUGGUAACCAGCAGUUUGGAAAUUGGAAUCAGAAUUUUCAAGGACAAGAGAUGAACCAACAGUUUGGCAAUCAAAUGGACCAAGGGUUCCAAAACCAACAGCAAAUGUUUGACAGAAGAUUUGAUGAUGGAUCAAAUCAAAGUCAUGGGAAGUUUGGCACCUUUGAUGGCAACAGGGAUAAUUAUAAACACAGGCGAUUGAGGAAAAAAAAUAAGAAAAAGAAACCAAGAAGAGAUGGUGAAAAAGAUUUUGAUGACAGAGAGGAUGAAGAUGACUGGAGAAGAGAUGAUGAUAGGUGGAGAGAAGAUGAUAGAUGGAGAGAUGACAGGCGUGGUGAUCGACGGGAUGACAGGCGAAGAGAUGAUCGCAGAAAAACUGACCAGUAUAAUAGAGAUGAUAGAUACAGGAAUGAUAGGUAUAAAGAUGACAGAAGGAGAGAUGAUAAAGGAGACCGACGCAGAGAUGACCGAUGGAGGGAUGAAAGGAGAAGAGAUGAUAGUUCAAGGGAAGGUAGGUGGAGAGAUAAAUCCAAAGAGAAUUCACUUGAUGAUAAACGAGUCAGAGUAGAAGCAAAGGUUGAAAAACAUUGGGAAGAUACUACCAUUAAGGUUCAGGAUGUAGGGGUUGAAGAUGAAGGACAAGGAACACCAACCCAGGAUGAGCAUGACAUAACAGCCAUUGGCCAAGAGAACCCGCAGAUGCAUAAAGACAUUUUUAAGGAUCCUUUCAAUCGAAAGGAUGAUAAAGAAGUGGUUGUAGAUCCAUCCUCAGAUGCAGCCAUGGCCACAUUGGAUUCACGAAUAGCAGCUAUUUUGAAAAAGACCCGUGCUAGUACAGAAUCUAUAUCAGAAGGUGAAUUCGCAGAUUCUUCUGAACCAGAAAAAUAUAUAUCAGAAAAUAGAAAUUUAGAAACGGACUCGGAUCAAGCAUCAGAUCGUAGUAGAAAAGAUAGACAUAAAGAUCGUCAUAGAAAAGAAUCAAAGUACUCAGAAAAAGAACAAUUUAAACAUUCCAGGGAAAGUAGUGAAGAGCGGCGGAGAGGAUCACAGUCUCAUAAAGACCAACACACCUUGUUUAUGGACAGUUCCAGUGAAAAAAGUUUGCUUCGAUCCAGUUAUAGGAAAGGUCAAAGGAGAUCCCCAAAAGAUGGUGUUGAUAACCAAACAUUGCACCAUGGAGUUUCCUCCUCUCCUGCCAGUGUUGGAUAUACACAAAAUAAACGAUCUCCUAUUGAGGGGAGCACAAAUAUAAAAUUAGAGAAAUCAUCGAAUGAACUUCACGAGUGUAUGGAUAACAACCCAAAAUCACUAUUGGACAGCUUCUUUGGUGGCCAAACAAGUGACAUCAGUAGUCGGGAGUCUAGUGUUAAGCAGAGCCCUGUCGAUACCACCGAUCCUAGCAGGAGUGAUGAUCAGACUAAACAGAACACUGAUGAUGGUACAGUUAUUCCAAUGGAUGUCCAGAGUACAGCUUCUGAUGAUAUGAGCAUGUCUCCUAUUAGCGACGAUGGACAAAACAAGGUUCUUGUGUCAGAGGUCAACCCAGAAAUGCAGGACAAUUCAGCAAUCAAAAACCAGAAUAAUACGAAUAUGUGGAAUAACUUUAACACAUCAAACAUGAACAGUUUUACCAACCAGUUUAAUCCUCAAUUUCAGCAACAAAAUUUUGGACCAAAUGUGCCGCCACAAAACUUUUCCAUGGGACAGAACUAUCCUGGAUUUGCUGGUCCAUUUGGUUCUCCAAGUUUUAAUAUGGGGUUCCAGACUGGCCAAGGUCCUCAAGGGUUUGGAUUUAACCCUGGUAAUUUCCCUCCAGGUUUUCAGCAUCCCGGUCAGUUUGGUGCCAACCAACAACCACCGACAAUGGAGCAGCACCCCCACUAUCAAAUGAUGGCCAGAAUGGGCAUUUGGCAGCCACAGCUAGGGGGUAAUUACAACCAGGGUAUGAUGGCGCCCCAGAACUUUAAUACACCACCUCCUAAUUACUAUGAUCAGUGGCGUAGCCAAACGCCAGAAAAUAACUGGAAUCAGGGCACAGGGUUCAAUCAGAAUCAAAUGCCAAACCAAAACUUCUUCCAACAGCUCCCUAACCAACAGCAACAGCAGCAAUGGCAGCAGUCACCGCCUAAGAUGGAUCCACGUCAGGCCACUCUUGAUGAAGCCAUGAAACAGCUAGUCUUGGAACUCAAGACUGUGAUGAAAAAAGAUCUCUGUCGUAAGAUGGUGGAGACAUCUGCCUUCAAGUGCCUUGAACAUUGGUGGGAUGAUUGUGUUGAGAAAUCCAAGCCUUCAAAAACGGAGCCUAUUAAAAGUCAGGCAAGCAGAUCAAUCCUUUCGAGCCUUGAAAACACCACUGAAUGGAGUAAAUCAAUCAGUAAAUCUGUUGGUUUACCUGGCUUGGAAAUUGGUCUUGGUCUUCGUGCUGCAAUGCCUCGAAUGCCAUCGUUCAAGGUAAAGAGGAAACCUCCAGAAGAACAGGCACAAGAUGAAAAACGAAGACAAAGACGAAAAUCUAUGGCCUCUGACCAAGAAGACGACUCUGAUGCUGAAGCCGAUAAAGUGGAGGUUUUGAGUCAGACUUCCGAGAGUUCUGCUAAACUGUCUAAAUAUCAAGAGAAAUACAGAAGCUCCGGAAGUGAGAAGGGAGAAGAUGAUGAUAUUGAAGAGGAGGAAGAUCUAAAGCAACUGCUUAGGCGUAGGCGAGGAUUGGAAGCUAAAGAUGCUGAAGUGUCUGAUGGUGAUGACAUCUACAGUACUGCUGGUAGUUCAGAAGAAGAGGAGGAGGAAGACGACGAAGAAUCUGAGGAAGACUGGGAAGGGGAGUCUGUAUCAGAAACAAGCGAAUCUUCAUCAUCUUCUGAAGAUGAUGAGGAUGAGGAGGUUGAUGUAGAAACAGAAGAAAAGGAUAAAGAUGAUGGAUUAAAGGCCAAUCUAGACAAAACAUUAGUACCCAAGAUCUUGAAUGGAGAAUCAGUUACCAAGAUAACAUCACCUAUAAAGGUUAAAGAUGAACCUGUCAAAAGCAUGAUUAGUCCAGAAAAGAGCAGCGAUGUGAAGAAACAAAAGAACAAGGCAGACCGCCCUGACCUUGAUGCUUUUGAGAUCCUGGUAGAGAUGGCCUCCAAGGCCAGGGAGUUAGAAAGUGAGGGAGGUGAAGAUGAUGCCAAACUAGAUGACACAUCGGAGAAAACAGAAAGUGCAGAUGAGGCUGAACCAACUCUGCGCGACAUGAUGCUAAUGGACCACAGUUACUGUAAGCUGCCCUCACCACCUCUAGCACCAGUAGUAACUCCUCCAGCACCAGUAGCAAUGCCAUCAGCCCCAGCUGUCAAGAGCAGCAACAUGGAGAUUGAACACUCAUAUAGUCAACCAGAGAAGGUUGCCACAGUACCAACAUCAAAAUCGAAACCAGUAGAUGAACCAGUGCCAGUUGAAGCUGACAUACCACCAGAAGAAUUCAAGCCAAAGAAGAGGAAGCGCAAGAAGACAGAGCUUGAAACAAUCAUUGAGGAGCAGAUCCGACGUGCAGAGCAAGAAGAGGAAGCAAAGGUGCCACUAUUCCAUCCUAGGAACUACUAUGAGGAAUGGCAGCUGUUGUAUGACAUCCUAGCCAAUGGCAUAGAUUUGGAAGAUGCUUGUUAUCUGCGCAAGACUUACACCAUGUUACUUCAGGACAACAGGCACUCAUGGCUCAACUACUGCCAUUGGGUCAGCCAUCCAGUGACUGUCUUCCCGGAGAAGAAGCGGAGGAAAAUUGAUGAUGAUCAUGGCAAGCAUGACACCGGUUGUGCUAGAACACAAGGCUACUACAAGAUUACCCUGAAAGAGAAGAAGCGCUACAUCAAUAGGCCACGCACAAUAGGAAAAGAACCUGAAGACGACCGACAAGGGUCAGAGGUCGUUACCAAGACUGGACCAAGUGUGUCGAGGGAAGCUCGUUUAGAUCAUCGAAGACUACUUACCUCAUUGUCUCAUACACAGGCUGAUAGCACAUCUGAUCUCCUGAAAUUCAACCAACUUAAGUUCCGUAAGAAGGAGCUGAAGUUUUCUAAGAGUGGCAUUCAUGGCUGGGGUCUGUAUGCAUUGGAAACUAUCUCACAGGAUGAGAUGGUCGUGGAAUAUGUUGGGCAGAUGGUACGGCAGACCAUUGCGGACAUGCGCGAGAAACGUUACGAGGAUCUAGGAAUUGGAAGUAGUUACUUGUUCAGAAUUGACUCGGAGGCCAUAAUCGAUGCAACUAAAUGUGGAAAUUUUGCUCGUUUUAUCAACCAUAGCUGCACGCCAAAUUGUUAUGCAAAGAUUAUCAACGUGGACUCGCAUAAAAAGAUUGUAAUCUACUCCAAGAGACAAAUCAACAAAGGUGAUGAAAUCACAUACGAUUAUAAGUUCCCAAUUGAGGAUGAGAAAAUUCCAUGUCUCUGUAACAGCUCGCAGUGUAGAGGCACUCUGAAUUAAAAUCCAGUGCCAAGAUGGAUAACCCUUGAAGCUGUUGAAAGGACCACUCUCCAUUGAUGGUUAAAAAACAUGUGACCGUUCCCAAAAUGCCAUGAAGAAAUAUGAUAAGCCAAGUUGACUAUGGGUUGUCAAAUUUGGCUCGUGAAGACCAUAGAAUAGAGUUCCUGAAGACAUAACUUGUGCCUAGCUGUCAGUUACUGGUUAAGGAGGGUUGCGGUGUAGUUCCAUGUCUAGGCUACAAACUAAUACAUUAUGAUAAACUUAUGAGCAAUAAAUAAAGGAAUGCCGAUAUACUGUACUUAUAUGAAGGGUAUUAAGCCAAGCAUGCAUAUCACUACACUGUCGAAUACCAUUGCAAGUCUUACUGAAUCAUUGCCAAUGGUAAUGGCAGAUUUCGCCAGUCAGUUUUUUAUUGGGGAUUUUGAGGCAUGUAGACGAUGAAUGCUGAAAAUGUCAUUGCAUUUCUGUAUGAAAUAUUUGUUGGUAGUUGUAAAAACUCACUUGUACACCAUAUUAAAUGAGGGUCAUCAAUCCAGGGAAGCCAAAUGUUUGCAACCCCGGAUUUUGAUGGCUUAUUACCAUAUUCCUUUGAGGGUUAAGGAGUGGACAGCUGCUUGUUUGGUAACACUUGAUGAGUCCUAAACCAGGUCUCUUCUUAAGGCAGAGUGAGUGAACAUCUGAUCAGUUUGAGCUUUUGAUGCUCUAGAGCCAAGUGUCAAUAAGGCUUAAAGGUGAUAAAGUUGUUUUUUAGUUUUGAGAAAAAUCUUGCCAAGAUUGAACUCAAAACCUUUGGUUUGGAGUGUGGGCACUUCAUCACCAAACUACUGUACUGCUCCAAUCAAAUGAUGUAUGUAAGAUACCGUAUUAUUUGAAUAAACGCCCCGGGGCUUUGUUGUUGAGAAGAGUUUGUGAGGGGACAUUUAUUCGAGGGAGGUGUUUUUUUUUUUUUUUUUGUGUAAAAUGGAUAUGGGGCGUUUAUUUGAUGGAUGCAUUUAUUCCAAAUGAGGCUCUAGAGAGGGCAUUUAUUCAAAGUGGGGUGUUUAUUCUAAUAAAUACAAUAUAUUAUUAUUAUGUUGCCUUAAUAUUCAACCACUUAAUAAAAAACUAAAAUAUAUGUGUACUAGUACCAUUCAGCGUUUUACAACUACCAACAACAUUGUGCAUAAGCAAUGAUUAUAUGGUGUAUUAUUAUGUUGAAAAUCAUGAUGAAAAUUUAUUAUAGAGCAGCAGUCUUGUUAGUGGCAAUCUAACCAUCAGAAAUGCCAUUUGUAGGGGCAUUAUGGUCUGGUUUGGUUAGCAACAAUUGUAGAUUGUAAGAAUGUACAAUAUUUUUGUACAUGUAUUAUAUUUGACCCUCACAAUUCAGGGUAAAUUCAGGUCAAUGAUCUAUUGUGUUCUUAUCAAUGAUGACUUGCAUAUGAACACAAAAUUGAAAUUAAACAUGUUCCUAUAAUAUUUACAAGCAAUGCUGAUCAGUGAAUUUCUAGACAUGGCAUAGGUCUAGAUAUUUGACAGUUAAGUUGUGGCUAUCUUUUUGAAGGGGAAAGGGGGAGGUGCCUCUUUCUCUUUUUGAAAAUCCAGAUGUGAUACGUUCAGUAAUCUGUUUAUAUUUGACCUAAUUUUUGUCACCGCACCUAUCCUCUGGGUGCCAUGUCACAUUAUAUAGGCCACAUAAAUUAAGUCCUGUCCAGACUGUGCGACAUGCCUAAACAUAGUCAUGAUGACAUCAUGUCAUGACCAUAUAUAGGCACAUCAUGACAUCAUGUCAUGACCAUAUAUAGGCACAUCAUGACUAUAUAUGGGCAUACAACAGUUUUUUGUCAAAGAAAAUGUUAAAGUGUGGACAAAGCUUUAGGUCUUAAAAUAUUUACGUCAUAAAUCAGCUCAGAAAAUGCUAUUUGGCUGUAGACAAGGAGCUUCUUUAUAAACUGUCUACCAUUCAGAAUGUAUAUCAUCAUUAGAAUUUCUGUAUAUUUUUUAUUGUUUAUUAGAUUGAACACCAUAUCUAGCUAUAUUAAUAAUAUUCAAUCAUCAUAAUCAUUCUAGUGAUGAUUUAAGUUUAGGUAUAUUUUUCAUACAGUUAGAAUUUCUUUUGUGGUAUGUAUUAUUAAUACGGUUUUUCUUUACGCUGUUCGUAACGAAAACCAAUUAUAAUCGCUGAUGAUCAGUUAUCAAUUGUACCCUAAUUUACAUGUAGUGUACAUAUAAUCAGUAUACCUUGCGCUGUCUUGGUAAUAGGUUGUUUGAAAUGUAUAAAAGUGAUUUUGUUCGAAGACUUUGUAAGAUAAAUUCAAAGAAAUGCAUAUUGC